GCCCUGGGCGGCCAGCAGCGCGUCCUGCUCAACAUCUCCGGGCUGCGCUUCGAGACGCAGCUGGGGACCCUCAGCCAGUUCCCGGACACGCUGCUUGGGGACCCCGAGAAGCGCAUGCGGUACUUCGACCCGCUGCGCAACGAGUACUUCUUCGACCGCAACCGGCCCAGCUUCGACGGCAUCCUCUACUUCUACCAGUCGGGCGGCAAGCUGCGGCGGCCCGUCAACGUCUCCAUCGAUGUCUUCGCCGACGAGAUCCGCUUCUACCAGCUGGGCGACGAGGCCAUGGAGCGCUUCCGCGAGGACGAGGGCUUCAUCCGCGAGGAGGAGAAGCCGCUCCCGGCGCACGAGUUCCAGCGUCAGGUGUGGCUCAUCUUCGAGUACCCAGAAAGCUCCAGCUCUGCGCGGGGCAUCGCCAUCGUCUCGGUGCUCGUCAUCCUCAUCUCCAUCAUCACCUUCUGCCUGGAGACGCUGCCCGAGUUCCGCGACGAGCGGGAGCUGCGCGUGCCCCUGCUCCCAUCGCCCAACGGCACGGCGGAAAGCGCCCCGACGGCGCCCAGCACCCUCAGUGACCCCUUCUUCAUCAUCGAGACCACGUGCGUCAUCUGGUUCACCUUCGAGCUGCUGGUGCGCUUCUUCGCCUGCCCCAGCAAGCCCGAGUUCUCCAGGAACAUCAUGAACAUCAUUGACAUUGUGGCCAUCAUCCCCUACUUCAUCACGCUGGGGACGGAGCUGGCGCAGGAGCAGCAGAAGAAGGAGCAGCCGCAGGGCAGCAGCAGUAGCAGCAGCAGCAGCAGCAACGGAGGCCAGCAGCAAGCCAUGUCCUUGGCCAUCCUCAGAGUCAUCCGCCUGGUCAGGGUCUUCCGGAUCUUCAAGCUCUCCAGGCACUCCAAGGGGCUGCAGAUCUUGGGUCAGACUUUGAAAGCCAGCAUGAGGGAACUGGGCCUUCUCAUCUUCUUCCUUUUCAUCGGCGUGAUUCUCUUCUCCAGUGCCGUUUAUUUUGCUGAGGCUGAUGAUCCCGAAUCACAUUUCUCCAGCAUCCCUGAUGCCUUCUGGUGGGCCGUGGUCACCAUGACCACGGUGGGCUAUGGAGAUAUGAGGCCUGUCACUGUGGGGGGCAAGAUUGUGGGGUCCUUGUGCGCCAUUGCCGGCGUGCUGACCAUCGCCCUUCCUGUCCCGGUUAUUGUCUCCAACUUCAACUACUUCUACCACCGAGAAACGGACCAUGAGGGAGAGGCCAUCCUCAAGGAGGAGUCUAGUACUGCUCAAGGCGGCUCAGCCGGGGACUUGAAGAGACGAACCAGCAAAAACUCUUUGGACAAAUCCGUUGUGCACUUGGAAAACGCUGAGGGGGUUACCAAUGGGACCGGGUCUGUGGAGAAAGCCAACAUCAAAGCUAAAAGCAGCAUGGAUCUCAGAAAAUCUCUCUAUGCACUCUGCCUGGAUACCAACAGGGAAACAGACUUGUAAGACAAGGGGAAUAGGAAGAACGUUUGCUUGAUGGAAUUGUUAGAGAAAGCUAAAUGGUACUGUCACUUGGUAUUCAUUUUUGAAAUAUGGUAGCCGUUCUUAAGAAACCUUCAGGAAAAAGCAAGUUAUUUUGUUUCAUUUUGGUUUUUAAUGUUCUCCCCUUCCCAUGAGACUGUCAUCUAUUUAUAAAACCAGCUAAGACUAAGCUAGACACCUCCCAUUAUCUAGGAGGCUUUCUAAGCUGUUAAGUGCAAAUUGAUGUUGCUUGCGGAUAAUUUAUUUUACUAAAAAAGAAACAGUUCAUUUGUAGCACAGUUCAUUUGUCCAAACCCUCUUUUUCCAUGGGAAGUAAAUGGAUUAUUUGUUGGUACUGUAGUUUCAAGCUGAAAUAUUUCUAUUUUCUAUGUCUGAUUAUAUUUAUAGAUGAAAAGAGCACUUUUUCGGUGAUGUAUGACUUCAUAAAAUCUCUAGAAACUUUUAGUGAAGUAAUAUAUCUCCCCCCCUUUUAGUACAAAACUGAUUUUCUCGUGUGUGAAGUGAAUGUGGUAUUUUCAGCCUUCUAGCAGAAAAGUAUUUUGUUGUCAGAGUUGGGGUUUUGUUCUCUUGUUGAGCCUUAAAUUAUUUAAAAUGCAGAUUUUUUUUCUUAAUAAAUACAUAUAAUACUGUAUAAUAUUUCUGAUAAUCCAGUGAUGUGCUUUUUAUCCCAAGAAACAAAAAUCUUAAAAGUUUGUUGCUGUUGCUGUUUGGUUGUUUGUCCUUUAUAACUGGUGUUUUUUAAGGGUUUUGUUUUGUUCUGUUACUAGAAACUGUUUACUAUUAAUCAGGUUUGAUUCAAGUGCACCACAGAUCAAAGGCACUGGACAUGACAUAAGCAGAGCAUGAGCAUAAAUAUGCUCAGGAUGUGAAACCUUUUGAAUUGGCACUCUAGAUUCCAUAUAGUACCAUUUAGUGCUUUCACUGUAUGGUUGAUCACUGACAGUAUUUCAGGAAUGGUCGCUUCUGAAAGUAUCAAAUGCAGUUAUCUAAACAAUGCUCUUGUGGCUUCGAUUUUGCAUGGGACAAGCAUGGAGAAAUCUUCAAUGGGCCCAUUUGGCAGUCUCUUGCACAGAAGUUCUGGAAUGAUAAAUGGCAGGAGUCAAGACUACCUUUAUGAAGCACAGAACUCCAUUGUUCAUCUAGGAUAAUGCAGCCUGCUGUGAAAUCAGCUGAGCCAUGUCUUCAGACAACCAUCCUCGAUCAUUUUUGUUGUUGCUGCAGCAAGGAGCCAAGUCAUAUGAGUUUGUGUCGAACUCCCAUUUCAUUGUGAAUGAAGGUUUCAGCCCUUUACCAAUGAACAUGAAGAGGACCGGCAAUCAAGGUGACAGAAGAUUCUUGGCUCAUGUUUACCUGAUGCUAUGCAUUCAUCGUUAUGUCCCACUGAGUUUAAUGGAGAAUAUGCUGAACUCAACGUGCAUAACAUCUUAGAAGACUCUGGAAAAGUGAAACUUUGUAGCUGUAACAGUUGCAAAUGAUGAAAUCUGUAUUUUUAAACAAAGACCUUGGUUUACAUUUUCAAUAAAACCUUUUAAUUUUA